AUGGAAGAAAUAUUAAACCAGAAAUCAAAUCAUUUUUACCUAUAUUUGGCCUAUUACAUGUUGGUCUCUUUAAAUACUCGUGAACAAAUUGUAAAAGUUUAUUAUUCAUUUAUUGAAAAAAUGUUUCAUAGUGUCUUUGGAACUCGAAAAGUUUUGGCAAAGAAGCCUAAGUCUUGGAGAAUUAAUCUACUAUUAGAACUUUUACAUAAAGGAUGGCAAAUUAUUAGAAUUCAGAUUAUUGAUAAGUUUGGAAAUACAAAAGAUCCUGAAUUUCGAAUAUUAAUAGAUCUAUUAGACAAUACUACACCUGCUGCUCUAGAUAUUUACGCUAUAUUAUUUCAUUCUGGAAUACAAAAAAAUGUUGAUUCCUUUUUAAACCGUUUGAAUAGUUCCAUGAAUGAGCUAAUAGAUAAAGAUAUUGAAAAUAUAGAAGGUAGUCAAGAUAGAGAAAACAAUGAAGAUGAACCAUUAAAUAAUAAUGAAGUUGAAAAUAUACAUAUUAAUUUAAACGAACGACUUCAAAAGAUGGAUAGUUAG